AUGACUUCAAUACGUGAGAAUAAGGCCUGGAUGGAACAAGGCCUCCUUGCCCUGAAGGAUGCGAAAAGUCGACUCAGUGUAGCUUCAGUCGAAGGUCUGAUCGCCAUCAUCGACGAAAUUGCUAGGCUCAGAACAGAAAACGAAGAGCUCCGAACGCAAGCUACUGCGAAAGCCACUGAGGCCAUCGGGUUGAUUCAACACUCGAAGAAUGAGGCUGAUUCCGCAAAAGCCGAGAGCCUCGAGACCAAAAAGCAACUUGACACUGUUAAAGCGGAGAAAAAGGACACGGAAAAGAAACUGGCCAAGGUCGAAGCCGAGCUCAGGCAGAGUAUCGAGAAAGCAUCAGGACUUGAGGCCAAAUACAGGCAGGAACAGCAGGAAUUAGAGGCUGAAUUGAGAGACAGGGAUGAGGAGCUGGAGGAGCUGCGUGAGCAUUCCGUUGAGCUCAAAGAGGUUGCCGAAAACAAAGAGGAAUUAUACGCGGCACUCGAGACCAUCAGAACCGAGGCCAUAAAGCUGGCCCUGACUUACUUUGGGAUGGAACUGCAGCUUGGGACAGACGACGAUCUCUGGAAGAAAGCCAAGGCUCAGUCGACCGGCAUGCCCAAGCCUCGGUCAAGCCCCGACCUCGCGAGGCGGAUGCGAGUGGCGCUCAUGCUCUCCGUAGUUGCCCGGGAGUUGUGCCAGCAUGUUUUUCAGCCAGCGUACCUUUCCGAGCAGGUACGAGGCAUCGACAGUUUUCUGAGAGACCUUGCAAAACGAGACCCCGAGCAAGAAUCACAUCUGCGAUCGGUUCUCCUGAAGACCGAAAACCCAGCGAAAACCCGCAUCGGUUCAAUGAACCGUUGGGUCGACCAGUUAGUGCACGACUCCUUCGAUGGCAUUUCCAAAGUCGCCUCCACUGCGAUUCCGAACGACAAAGUCGGAGAGUUCGAGGCGGACCUGCUGAGGCUCUGCGAGACGGCCUACGAAAAAUGGAGGUUCAUCCAAACCCUCAAGAACCACAUACGCCCGGACUUUGCCAUCGGAUUCUCCCUCGAGCAGGAGGAGGACAAAUGGAGCCCGCUCCCGUCCACCGUCCCGUCUCCAUUGCAAUCCCCCAAAGCGAAGCAGCAACGGGCGAAUGGCACCGCAUCUGCCCAGGCGACACCCAAAAAAUCUCAGCCUUCCGCGGGCAAUCCCGCCGAGCUCAGCAGCAUCGUGGUUUGGCCUGCGUUCGUGAACGCCUCCCGCCCCGAAGAGGGCGCUCUGUCAAAAGGGCUGGUCUUGCCCAGGUCCUUGAUCGAUGCCGUGAAAGAGGACUGGGCGGCCGCCUCUGCGUCGCCGACGUCCUCAAAGAAUCCGCACAGGGAGAUGAGGGCAGAGGCGAGAAACCGCGACUCGGCCACCCAGAAGAAGCGCAGGUCAUCUACCGCCACCGUGAACGGGAACGGGGCUGACAGCAAGCAAAAGGGUCCUACCUCAGCAUCCAACGGACACGGAAGUGGGCCGAAUGGUGCUUGA